AUGUCAGGUUUCUUUGGAAUUCCAAAAUUUUUGGAAAAUUUCAAAAGUUCCGAUUCGAAAAGGAUCCAGGAAUCCAGGGACCCAGGGACCCAGGGACCCAGGGACCCAGGGACCCAGGGACCCAGGGAUCCAGGGAUCCAGGGAUCCAGGGAUCCAGGAAUCCAGGGACCCAGGGAUCCAGGGAUCCAGGGAUCCAGGGAUCCAGGAAUCCAGGGACCCAGGAAUCCAGGGACCCAGGGAUCCAGGGAUCCAGGGAUCCAGGGAUCCAGGAAUCCAGGGACCCAGGGAUCCAGGGAUCCAGGGAUCCAGGGAUCCAGGGAUCCAGGGGUCCAGGGAUCCAGGAAUCCAGGGACCCAGGGACCCAGGGAACUAGGGACCCAGUUCCCCAUUCAGAAAUUUAGAAAUUCAGAAAUUCAAAAGUUCAGAAAAAACUUACCUGCAAACUUCAAUUUUUGCAUUUUCAUGAAAAAAUUCCAAAAAUCUUCCUGA